CAGUGAGUGGCUGACACAAAUUUCAUGAACGAUAAAGUUUAUGGUUACCCUUUCAAGCUAUUCUUGCUCCCUAAUACUGUAACAGAUUACAGGGGAUUACAGAUUACAAUAUAUACACUUGAAUAUGUCAUUGUUUAAAGCUCGGGAAUGGUGGUCAACUUGGUGUGGUGGUGCUGAAGAAGAAUUUGAUCAGGGUAGCUUGUGUGUUGCAAAUAUUGACAACAAUGCGGAUGGAUUAGAUAAACUAAUCACUGGAUCAUUAAAUGGGGUUCUCAGAAUAUUUACACCACAAAAAGAUGGUUUUAAAGCUGAUCAUUUGAUGCUGGAGAUGCAAUUAAACCAACCAAUUUUACAGUUAUCAUCAGGAAUGUUUGUCUCUGGAACCGAUCUGCUUCAUCUUUGUGUAUUGCAUCCAAGAUCAAUUGGUGUUUAUAAUGUGUCUGCUAUCGCAGGGACAGUAGAACAUGGUAAUAUUUUCACCUUGACAAAAUCAUAUGAACAUCGUCUGGAACGGUCAGCAGCUUGUAUGACGCAUGGUCGGUUUGGAGGUGUAAAAGGAAGAGAUUUCAUUUGUGUUUUAUCUAUGGAUGGUACCUUGAUGUUUUAUGAACAAGAGACCUUCUCCCUAAAGGCGUUUCUCCCAGACUUUUUGCUGCCUGGCCCUUUCAUAUACAUUAGUUCAACAGAUUCCUUUGUUGUCACAACAACUGGUAGAAAUGUUGAAUGUUAUCGUUACCAUUCUCUAGCAUCGUCUUCAAUUAACGACAAAAGUUCAAAGAAGGUUACAUACGAUUGGAGUAAAUCAAUUGGCGAACACAUAUUAGACAUUCAGUUGGACAAUUCUUCACACAUCAUGUACCUGUUAGGAGAACAUUCAUUCUUUAAAAUGAGCACAUCUGGUGACUUACUUAAUAUGAAGAAGCUUGAAUACAAUCCAAGUUGUUUCCUCCCAUAUUCUGUGCAAGAAAACGGAGAUUCACAGAUGGUUAUUAUUGGUUCGCACUCAAAUUCUUUACAAAUUUAUGAUGGAAUAAUGCUUGUAUGGGCUUCUCAAUUACCUCACGUACCUGUGACUUGUAAAAUAGGAAAGUUUGAGGGUUUAGAAGGAGUAAUUGUUACACUUGGUGAGUUUGGUCAUCUCUAUGCUUCAUAUCUUGGCACAGAUCCUUCAUUAUUUGUUGCUCCUCAAGUUGAUUCAAGGAUGGGAAAUUUUGAACAACUGGAAAAAGAGUUAAAACAUUUAAAUUCUGUAAUCCGAAAAGCUGAAGGUGGCUCAGGUACGCUAUCAACAGUGGAUAACAAAGAAUAUCUGAAAGUAAAAGUGACAGUGCCAGAUAGUCUUGACGAAGUUUCACAAUGCGUGGAACAAAUGGAAAAUGAAGAAUUGGAUUCGAUUCCUUCCAUUACUGUCAAGGUGACUCUACUUUGCAAAAGCAUUAAGCCUAUUGAAAACAUAAUGUUGCAAUGUUCUGCAAGUUAUCCAUUAACAUGCAAUCAACCACAGAUAGAGGUUCCUGUUUUAGGAAACAAAGGGCCUGAACUGUCAUUUGAUGUAUCAUUUUACACAAGUGGAAGUAUCAUUCCAUCUGAACUGAAUGGACUUGUUACUGCUACAUACACCAAUGAAUCAGAUGGACCAAGGGUAGUGCAAGCUACUUUUGAACUUCCACUUAAACUAAUUGCACUUGGGACUGCACCAGUUAAACAAGCGAAUUAUAAACUCACGAUUGAUACUAACAAAGAACCAGUAAAUUUAGCUGAGAUAUUUCCAGAAAUGGUGAAUGGAGCUGUUAUUCCUGUGCCUGUACUUGGUAUACAAUACAUUGGAGGCCCUGUGGUUACUAUUCUUUCAUCUAAACAGUCCAAUCGUUACAGGAUUCAAUCGGAUUUAUUUGAAGCUAUGUACUUAAUACUAACAGAACUACUAAGAAGAUUACAAACUCACUUCAAUAAAAAUCCAGAUGAUGUAAAAUUCAAAAGUUCUUAUCAGGGUGCAUUACCUUUAAACGAUUACUUUGAGCUCAUCGAUAAUCACUUUCAACAACGGUUGUGUCUUAAAAAUUAUGAAGACUUGCUGACUCAGCGCAGACAACAAUUUCGUGUCAUACAAAAGAGGUUGCUCACUCGCUUCAAAGAUAAAACUCCAUCUCCACUGUCACAUUUAGAUACGUUACUUGAUGGAACAUUUAAGCAGAUAAUGGCAUUAGCUGAUGAGAUCGAGAAUACAAAAAUUUCACUUAAGCAUGCAGGAGUAGCUUUGUCUGGUGGAACUCGCCUUUUAAAUUUGUUGGUGAGAAUAUUUGCAUCAAUGUCAGAUGAAGAAUUCAAUGUACUAAAAGCUUGCUUGUCUCCUAUUGUUUCAGACGCUCAUACAUUGGGUUGGCAAGAAAGUGUAAACAGUAACAUUGGUUAUCUUCUUCGAACAUGUCUAGCAAAAUCUGCAAAGGAGCAGAAUGCAAAUUUGCAAUCCAACGUUAUGGAGAAAGAUACGAGCAAACUGAAACGUCAUAUAGCUCUCAUGUGUGAGCGAUUAAACAAAGGUGGUUCUCUCAAAUUGAAACAAAAUGGUAGCAAAGUAUCAAACGAUCACACUAGUUUAGAAGAUGGAUUUCAAAACAUGGAACUUGCAAAAAGAAUGCGAGGUGGUGAUGACAUAAAGGUUAUCAAAGAAGAAGUCGAGAGUUAGCUUCGUAUGUAGAAAGUAAAAAUGAAAAUUAUGUAAUUUAUAAUGUGAAAGACGUGUAAAUAAAUCUUUUAAAUUAUGAGAAGCUAACUAUAAUCUCUUUCAAUUUCA